GCGACCCACCAGGAUGAGCAAGCAGCCUGGUGAGCUGGCCUGUGACUUGGAGCGCAGCCUGCCAGCCCUGGCCUCCCUGGGCACCUCACUGUCUCACAGCCAGAGCUUCGUCUCACCACCUCUGGAGAAACGCAGGGCCAUCUCUGACGUCCGCCGCACCUUCUGCCUCUUUGUCACCUUCGACCUCCUCUUCAUCUCCCUCCUCUGGAUCAUCGAGCUAAAUACCAACACUGGCAUCCGAAAGAACCUGGAGCAGGAGAUCAUCCACUACAGCUUCCAGAGCUCAUUCUUCGACAUCUUUGUUCUGGCUUUCUUCCGCUUCUCUGGGCUGCUUCUGGGCUACGCUGUGCUGCGGCUCCGGCACUGGUCACCACACUGGUGUCCAGUGCAUUCCUCAUCGUCAAGGUCAUCCUCUCUGAGCUGCUCAGCAAAGGGGCUUUCGGUUACCUGCUCCCCAUUGUCUCUUUUGUCCUGGCCUGGCUGGAAACCUGGUUCCUCGAUUUCAAAGUCCUACCCCAGGAGGCUGAAGAGGAGAGAUGUGAGUGCUAGGGGGUAUCUUGCUGCCCAGGCUGCUGUUGCCCGUGGACCCCUGCUGUUCUCUGGUGCUUUGUCGGAGGGCCAGUUUUACUCUCCCCCAGAAUCCUUUGCAGGGUCUGACAAUGAAUCAGAUGAGGAAGUCACUGGGAAGAAAAGUCUCUCUGCGCAGGAGCGGGAGUACAUCCAGCAGGGACGGGAAGCCACCUCAGUGGUGGACCAGAUCUUGGCUCAGGAGGAGAUCUGGAAGUUUGAGAGGAGCAAUGAGUACGGGGACACCGUGUACACCAUUGAGGUGCCCUUCCAUGGCAAGACCUUCAUCUUGAAGACCUUCCUGCCCUGUCCUGCUGAGCUGGUGUACCAGGAGGUGAUCCUGCAGCCUGAGAGGAUGGUGCUGUGGAACAAGACGGUGACUGCCUGCCAGAUCCUUCAGCGGGUUGAAGACAACACCCUCAUCUCCUACGAUGUGUCAUCCGGGGCUGCAGGUGGCGUUGUGUCCCCCAGGGACUUUGUGAAUGUCCGGCGCAUUGAGCGACGCAGAGACCGAUACCUGUCAUCUGGCAUUGCCACCACACACUGCGCCAAGCCCCCCACGCACAAAUACGUCAGGGGAGAGAAUGGUCCGGGAGGCUUCGUUGUGCUCAAGUCAGCCAGCAACCCCCGAGUCUGCACCUUCGUCUGGAUUCUUAACACAGAUCUCAAGGGCCGCCUGCCUAAAUACCUUAUCCACCAGAGCCUUGCGGCCACCAUGUUUGAAUUUGCCUUUCACCUGCGGCAGCGUGUUGGAGAGCUGGGGGCCCGAGCUUGACCUGUUCCCUUGCCACCCUGCAGGCCAGGGUUCUGUCGCUAUCACCUCCGGAGCCGAGAGUGAAACUAUUUUGGGUUUCCAGUUGCUCGUGAGGGACUGUAUGCUAAGCAGCAGGUGGCAGCUCUUUCCCUGGUUGUAGCCUCCCACUAAGCCAUA